CCGCGCUCACUCUUCAUCGGUGGAAAAGCAAGCCAGCUCGUCGGUCUUGUGGGUGCUCGUCCGGCGGAAAAAAGCCUAAAACGGUCGAUUGUAAAAUGAUUUGCUAGUUUUAUUCCCAAACGCAAACGAAUCGAGGCUUUGGUGAAGGCCCUGAUGAAUUAGUGCAACUGGCCAAGUGAACUCAACUCUCCGGCUGACUCCUUAGAUGUUUUCCAAGGCAACGAUUUCUUCUGUAUCUGUUUUCCGCUAAAUCCAACUACCGCCUGUAAUUAACGGGUCCCAGAAUCCGUGGAGAGUAAACCCCGAGCAGCACCACCAGGACCCUGUGAAAAUGAUUGUACGUCGCCGAUCCCGCCGCGCCCGUAUGUGGAACAUGGGGCUGCUUUUCUUAAUCUACUAUUGCGUCAGCAUCUACUCCGCCAAAGGAGACGUAAAAGAGGGACAGUCCAUGCCGCUGGACGUGGGCGCUCUGGCCGAGGACGAAGGCGACGCAGAGGCUAACGGACAGGAAACCGCAGAGGGCAACACAGAGGGCAAGUCCGUCUUGGAAACCACACCGGCUUUUGAGGCCCAGGAGACCACGCAAUCCACUCCUAUACACCACGCCGUUCCUACCUGGCGACCCAAGCGGGAAAACUGCACGCCUCCGGCCAUCGAGCAGUUCCCAGAGCCGCUGAUGAACAAGUGGGCGCGGCAGCACGGCGGCCUCAUCCUGCACAUCCUGGUGGCCGUCUUCACAUUCUUCGGCCUGGCCAUAGUGUGUGACGAGUACUUUGUGGCCAGUCUAGAUCGGCUGUGCGAGGAGCUAAAACUUUCGCCAGAUGUGGCGGGCGCUACGUUUAUGGCUGCCGGAAGCUCAGCACCUGAGUUGGCCACUGUGGUAAUAGGAGUGUUUUUUGCCAAGGAUGACAUCGGCAUAAGCGGGGUCAUAGGUUCCGCCGUGUUUAACAUCAUGUUUGUGAUCUCCGUCUGCGCCCUGUGCUCGGGCACCGUCUGCCAACUGAACUGGUGGCCCCUGGUGCGAGACUGCUUCUUCUACUGUGUCUCUAUCCUAGUUAUGCUGAUAAUCAUUUUCAACGACGUCAUAUCCUGCUUUGAGUCAGUAGUGAUGCUUCUCUGCUACGUAGGAUAUUGUGUAGCUCUUCACUUCAACACAGAGCUGGAACGGUGGGCGCUAGGUCUGAACCUACCCUUCAAGCUUCCCAGCAAGGAGGAACAGUCGGCUUUGGUGACGUACAAAAACGUCCCCGAAAGCUCCUACACCCAAGAAAGUGCUGCACAGGCCCAGGGACAGCAAGCACCGAAAGACAACGACAGCAGACAUGUGGAGCCGCAGAACGACUACCAGAACUACAGCGAUCCCAAUGCCAGCUGGGACCCGAACGCCGCCUGGGGAGAGGAAGGCCAGCCGAACCCAGUGGCCAAUCCACCGCCGGUUGAUGACUGGGGCAUGGGACAGAUCGGCAAGGAGAACAUGGGCUACCAUGCCGACCAGCCCGAGUCCGUGAUCACCGGAGAGGCGGCAUCGGCGGCCGCUACGACUGCCAAAAGUGGUGGCCAGGUGAUACCCACCCAGGCCGCUCCGGCCGGAGGAGGUGACUACUAUAAGUCCACUGACAAGCAGCGGGAGCCACGGCGCGAUCCUCUUCUCCGGCCAACGGAGGGAGGGCUGCCAGCCCUGGUUGCCUGGUACGUGGUUUACCCAAUCCACUUCCUCUGCAAGAAGACAAUGCCCGACUGCCGGCAGGAUCAGUACCGGAACUGGUACCCAUUCACUUUCCUGAUGUCGAUGGUUUGGAUAUCGUUCUACUCCUACUUCAUGGUGUGGAUGAUCACAGUGAUAGGGUCCACGCUGGCCAUCCCGGACACAGUGAUGGGUCUGACGUUUGUGGCCGCUGGCGUGUCCGUCCCGGAUGCCCUAAGCUCAAUAGCCGUUAUCAAAGAGGGCUACGGCGACAUGGCCGUGUCGAACGCAAUUGGCUCAAAUGUCUUUGAUAUACUAGUGUGCUUAGGUCUCCCCUGGUUUAUACAAACGGCCAUCAUUAAGCCCGGCUCGCACGUCAACGUUAUAUCAAAGGGACUAGCCUACUCCACGCUGUCACUCUUCUCCACCGUUGUCUUCUUGAUCCUCUCCACGCACCUGAACGGCUGGAAGCUGGACAAGCGACUGGGCAUUAUCCUUAUGGUAUGGUACUUGUUCUUCAUUACGCUGGCGUCGCUCUACGAAUUGAAUGUCUUUGGCUACAUGAACCCACCCGAGUGCCCCAGCACUUACUAAUAACCCGAAGAUGUCAGCAACGCACGUAUAGUCGGAUUACCAGCACCAAGUACCGUAUACAUAUAGACAUAUGUACAUGUAGAGUUGUUCAUAGCCUCAACUAAAACCAAAAAUGCAAGAACUGGAAGGAACGUUCACCUAACUUUAAUUAAAGGACAAAUUUAAUACUCAGAACGCGUUUUACAUGGAUUUUUACAUUGCACCAGAAGAAAGUGGAGUCGAUAAACCAAAUAAUAAAGUAUAUAAAUGUACAUUUAUACUAUAUUUAUUCAUAUGUAUUUAAAUAACACUUAGGAAACUAGCAACCAAUACUAAAGUGCUUCUUUCUAAAUUGAGAAACUUCUUUAUUUUUUCUCACAUAAAUUUAUUUUUAAUACUGAUCGUUCAGUCAGUUAAGAUAAAAUUAUAAGACCGCCAUAAAUUUAAAUAAAGCUUAAGCAUAGCCGAGACGACUGUCUCCAUAAUUUCAUGAUAAAUUCGUAAGCAUUUGCAUUGCCCUUUUAAUUUAAAAUAAAACAAGAUCUCACUAAGAUCCCUAAAACAGUUUUUCACGAAGCUUAAAUAUUAAUUAAAGAAGUUUAUCAACGCUCAGACCUGUUUUCUCGUCAUUAUGGUAAGCUUAAAGUAUGGUUUAAUCUUAGAAAUUGUAUGAAAUUUAUAUUUUAAGCCGCCUAUUUAAUUUUAACAUGACGACGAGAAAACGGUAUUUAAAAUGUUUGAUUUCUGCAAAAUGUGUUGUAAUAUGUUAUCACUUCCUAUAAAAAUAUUAUUUAGGGCUAAAAAUAGGUUUCGCAAUUCAGAGAGAAGUACACAUACAUAUGUAAUAAAAAAAGUAUAUAUAAAGCAGAAAAGCAACUGUAGAUAGGGAGAUAUAUAUAUGUAACUAAAAAUACAGAGAGCAACAACAAAUAAGUUAAUGUUGCACACAACAGUUGAAUAGAUAUUAUAUUAUAUUAUUUAUUCGCUUACAUUUAUGUAUAUACUUUUGUAUCACAUCGCUUUAAUUAUAAAUCUCAAUUUUACGAAAUUUUGUAGAAGCUCCGUAAACUAAAACAUACAACACUAGUAGAAAUUACUCAUGAGCUAGGUUUUGACCCAGAGAAUGAAUAUUUUGAGACAGACCAAAACAGUCUUAACUGUGGAACAAGGACAACGAAUUUUGUUACAUUAUUGUUGUUGUUUUAUAUUCAACUAAAUUUACAGGCGAUGAUUUAACGAUACCCCACGAAACACGUCCUAAUUGAUACAAAAUAACAUUAAAGUGCAAAGAAAUUUAUCACAGCGGCAAUUAAUCGUGUCAAUUUAUUGUAAAUAACAUCCAGUUAUAGAAUAUAUUAAACACUUCAAGUCAAUUUGUGCUCAUAACCAGCCCCGUUCCAGCUUUAAUACUACUAUUUAAAGCUAGGAGAACUCUUUAAGUCUUUAUUUUUAAUCUAUAAUUAGCAAAAUGUAAUUCAUUUUUGUUCAAACCCAGUUUCUAUAAUAUUUUAAGGACCAGCGGAAACUCUUUUACUAGCAGAAGAGUUGUGAAGGUGAUGCUGGUGCUCAUUACACAGAAUCCUAAUCAUACGUUAGCUAAGAGAAAAUCCUAAGACAAAAAGUAUACAUGUAGUAUAUAUACUCAAAUGUACACUUACCAAUACAAAUCGUACUAAUUUAGUGAGCAAUGCUUAAUGAACGCGCUCAAAUCAUAGUCAAAUACAUACGAUCUUAUAUACAUACAUCCACAUAUUUACACAAAGUUAACAUACAUAUAUGUACGAAUGCAGAUUCAAGGAUAAUGUUUAAAUGUUUUUGAAGAUAUGAACCUAAGCCCGGAACAUUGACUUCUAUAGCACCAGUUUACAAAAUAAAAUCGUCCAAAUGCUACAAGAAGGCUACCUUGGUUUUCCGGUAUCGUUAAGCUCCCUGAUAAAAAAGAUAGCACUAAAAUUUGUUUGCAUGGUGCCAAUUAUGUAGGUGUAAAAAACGUUUUGAGCCUGUUUCUUAAUUUUUUAUCUCGAGCUCUGAUGAUCCAAUUUCGGUCAUCAAAGAUUGCCGUUAACAGAAAACACAUUAGCGAUUGCCAAAGGUUCAAAAAUUCACUCCAAAUUAGUUUGCUGAUGGAUUGUAGAGAUCAUUAGAUUUUGUCUUCGGCAAAAGUACCUAUCUUCAAGUAGAAGCAAUAUAAUGACGACCCCAAAAGUACCUAUACAUAUUCCUUAUCAGAAUCACUAGCCAAGUCGAUCUAGCAAUGUCCGCCUGUCCGUAUGGGUAUGAGUAAAUUGUAUCUGUUAGUCAAGGCACUCAACUAUAGCGUUCUCUCUUGGUAAACUUUGUCGGGCUAUAGCAUUGUUAUUAGCUACUGAAACUAUAUGGUGUGUAUGGUUGAAGAGUGUUUUAUUACCAGUAAAAUGUGUCUUUCAUGGCCGAAAUCGGCUUAUCAGAACUCGAGAUAAAAACCAAUAAAGAACGCUAUAGUAGAGUCCUCGAAUACCCCAUGCCUCUUUUCAGCUACAGGGAGCGCAAGAGACAUGGAGAUAUGCAAGCAGCAAAGCGACUUUUUCCGAGAUUGCAGGGCGCUACUGGGCAAUUACAAUAUUUGGUCAUAAAUUCUUAAUGAUCGGUCCAAUUUAAACCACUUGUGGGUAGGUAUUGAUAAACAAAACAAAAUCAAAUUACCACUUUUACAAAAUCUUAAAAAAUGUGGGCUGAUUUUAGGGUUAUGGGCGUUUGUAGUUCUCGAGAUCUCAGCGUUCAUUAGGAUGGCCAGAAAGGAUGACGCGGAUGGCUAAUGGCUAGUUCGGCUCGGCUAGUGACCAUGAGCAAUAACAUGUAUACUGUUUAGGGUGGAAAACGCUUCCUUCCACUGUUAUAUACUUUUCGACGAACACAAAAUAUCCUUUUACUCUAAGAGUAACAGGAUUUUAUGAAAACAGGCUAAAAAAAAGUGGAUACACUUAAAAAUAAAACUAGAUCAGGGAGCUUAAUUUUACCCAAAAACCAAAGUAGCUUUUGUCUAGCAUUUUGGCGGUUUUAUUUUGUAAUCUAGUAUAAUAAAUGUAAACCAACUUCCAGAAGCGAAUUAGUCACAAGAUAAACAGCACCGAUAAAAAAAUUAGUAAUACUACUGUUCUUCAACUUUUAAUGUCCAUUGUUGUCUCAAUAUACCGCUCGAUAUUUAUAAUUUGUUGUACUACUAUAUUAUGUAUUCACGUUUCUCGUAUAGUCUGUGUCCGCCUGUCUUUUUACUUCGUAAGAGAACGUAAAUUUCGGCCUCAAAACUAGAAUUUGAGCUUAAAACCUAUAACAUAUAUUUACGGUUAAAUGUUUGUACAUUUACCUCUCGCAGUAUUUCGAUCAAUUUUAAAAUGCAUAAGCUUUAAAUUCUAAUUAACAUUAUAGUUUGCCGGUUAAAAGUUGGAUUAUAUUUUUUUAAAAAAUUUGUCGACACUCAUUUUAGGUUUUACAAAUAUCUAAUUUUAAACAUUUUUGAAAGACAUGACAAUAAAAAGCCACAUUUUUUUCUAAAAUUUUUGAAUAAUAGUUUCAUAUGCAAUGUAAAACAGCAUGAGCCUUAAAAGUUGAAGGGAGGUAAAACUACAGGCAUUUUAAGAACAUAUAAGCGUAUUUGAAAUUCAUCGUUACACAAUAUAUAUUACGAACAAUCGCCUACUGAAAAUAUUCACUUAAUGAAAUAGCUCAUUACGUUGGUACUUUAUUACCAUGACACAAGUAAAAGGAUCUUCCCUACCCUAUUAAAUAAUUAUUCCACAAUGUUUAUUAGAGCAUAUAAUUUUACAUAAAUGCAUGGCCUACAAGUCUCUCGGUUUAAACAGUAACAGUACACUCAAUUAUGGUACAAUAUACAUAAAAAACCAAACUAGAUAAUCAAGUUAUACUUCUUGAUUUAAAACUAAAAUUAACCCUUUUGUUUCAAUUUUUAAAUAAAGGUUAAAUACAAAUGAAAUUAUUUAAAACAAAAACCUCUUUGUGAAAAAUAAAAAAAUACAUAUUUCGUGUUACUUCUAACAGUAUUUAAUGCAAAAGUGCACCUAUAAGAGACAUAUUUAAAAUUCUGUACGCUACUUUAUUUGUUGAUGAGAAUCCAGAUUACCUAAAGCUUAGAAGAAUAGGUAGAAACAAAACCAUCAAUUAAGGAAAAUGGUAUAUCCCUACCAACAUAUACAUACAAUGUACAAUAAUUGUUACAUAUACUAACAUACUUAAAACUAAAACAUGCUAUACCAAAACAAUACAGUAAAAGUUUACAUCUGAAAUUUGUGUUAAUUAGUCGUAAUUGUUUGCAAAACUAUAUUCAAACCUGUUUCAAAUUUAACUUCGGGUCGAAAACGUUUACUUAUUGGUGAGAUUGAACAUAAAAACACUAAAAAGUAUUGCUAAUAUAAAAAACUGUUGUUGUUAUGUUUAGUCUAAUGAAUUUCGGAAAUAAAUGCAUUAAUAGAUACAAAAUAAA